AACUUUUGGGUGUUUCAGCCAAAAUCCUCCUUGCCUUGAUAUACUUGGUCAAAACUGAGUAAACGGAAACCAAAACGGCUAUUAAAAAUCCUGUGUGUAUCCGACUCUUUUAUUUUAGUUUCAUUGGUUUGAGCUCUGACCAUGCGGCGCUAUGUAUCAAGAGUUUUUGAGUGGCAUCUGGGAUUCAGAAGACUUAAUCCAGUCAAUUGUAAAACAGGGUCAUAUUCCAGAUAUAAUUAUCCUCAAGGUUUAAUAAGUGGCCAUCUGGAUGGAUCCUUUUCCAAGAUGUAUGCGACUUCAUGUGAAAAGUUAUCAGAAGAUGCACCAAGAGAUGAUCCAGUUUCUGACAUGUUAGUUGAUUCAUUUGGAAGGCUACACACUUACUUGAGAAUCUCCUUGACGGAGCGUUGUAAUCUACGAUGUCAGUAUUGUAUGCCAGCUGAGGGUGUGGAGCUAACUCCUAGUCCACAAGUACUGUCACAGAAUGAGAUUGUUCAUUUGGCGAAUCUAUUUGUCAGCUCUGGGGUAGACAAAAUUCGUUUGACUGGUGGAGAACCCACCAUUAGGAAAGAUAUUGAAGAAAUAUGCUUACAGCUGUCUAACUUGAAAGGGCUUAAGACCCUGGCCAUGACCACCAAUGGAAUAACUCUUGCAAGAAAGCUUCCGAAGUUAAAAGAAUGUGGGCUUAGUUCACUGAAUAUUAGCUUAGAUACAUUGGUUCCCGCAAAAUUUGAAUUUCUGACCAGGCGUAAAGGGCAUGAAAGGGUAAUCGAGUCAAUUAAUGCCGCUGUAGAUCUCGGAUACAAUCCUGUUAAAGUGAAUUGUGUUGUAAUGCGUGGAUUCAAUGAUGAUGAAAUCUGUGAUUUUGUGGAGUUAACACGUGACAAACCAAUAAAUAUCCGGUUUAUUGAGUUUAUGCCUUUUGACGGAAAUGUUUGGAAUGUUAAGAAACUCGUACCCUAUUCAGAAAUGUUGGACAGAGUGGUUCAACGGUUUUCAGGACUAAAAAGACUUCAGGAUCAUCACACAGAUACAGCCAAGAAUUUCAGGAUAGAAGGGCAUCAAGGAGCAGUUUCUUUUAUCACAUCGAUGACGGAGCAUUUCUGUGCUGGUUGCAAUAGGCUGCGACUUUUGGCUGAUGGGAGCUUUAAAGUUUGCCUAUUUGGCCCUUCAGAGGUUAGCUUGAGGGAUCCCCUUCGUCGUGGUGUUGAUGAUAUUGAACUCAAGGAAAUAAUUGGGGCAGCGGUCAAGAGGAAGAAAGCAUCUCAUGCUGGAAUGUUUGAAAUUGCAAAGACACCGAAUAGACCUAUGAUACACAUUGGUGGCUAGGGAAUGGUAUAUACACUUUUUCUAGACUUAUGUAUGUUUGUUUUUUGUUUAAUAUCUAGCAGUGGAGAAAAUUUUCUGAGUUUGUUCAUGUCAUGCUUCAAAAUACCUUGCUUAAUUAAUAGAAUUUAUGAGAUCCCAAUAUUAUUAAUUUAUAGAGAUUAUACUGUAUUGUAAUGGGUGUGUAACAGUAAGUGUGGUGAGUGUGAAUUUUUUUGUCAACAACAAAAUAUAUAUAUAUAUAUAUAUAUAUAUAGAGUGUAUUGUAACUUUUAUACCUAGUAAAACUUUCUCAAGAAAUGAAAGAAACGGCUUUUAACCCCUUCCAGGUUGGGCUGCGCAGCUUCAUAGGUCUGGCUAAGGCCGUGACCUUCGGGCCUGUGUGUAUGUUUGUUAUACAUUUGAUCUUGGGCUUUUGGCCCGUCUUUUUUCUUUCUUUCUUUUAUUAUUACAGUAUUACUUUUUAUUUUAGUAAAGCUCAUAUAAGGUUAGGGCUGCAAAUGUAGCAAGUUAGCAUAACUUGAACCCAAGACUUCAGCAUGAAAGAAUGGAACUCCUAACACUCCUACCAGGUUACCACUAAUCAACUUUGUGUCUUCAAAGUUCAACAUUUAUUUAUAUAUAGUACUACACAAUCAAUAAUUAUACUACAAUUUUUUUAAUCAUUAUCCGUAGAAAUGAUAAUUAUUUUAAAUUAAUAAUUUACCUAUCAAAAGCUAAACACCACAAGAAUAAUAUUGGAGAAUCAUCAUCAUGUUGAUCUAAAGCUAAACACCACAAUUUUGUUUUUAUUAAGUAUGAAUAGAAAUCAUAAUUGACUCUAUGAUCUUCAAAGACUGGUUGAUUUAAGUAUGAAUAGAAAUCAAAAUUGAGCACAACUUAGAUAGAUAUUUUGUAAUCUUUAAUUCAAAUAUUUAUCUAUAUUAUGUUAUAAAAUAUUUAAAUGUGAAUUAAGUAUUAAUGGAAAUCAGAAUUGACUCUAUGAUCUUCAAAGACUCGUCAAUUUAAAUAUGAAUGGAAAUCAGAAAUGAGCACAACUUAGUCUACUUUGAUAGGUAUUUUGUAAUCUUUAAAUUCAAAUAUUAUCUAUAUUAUGUUAUAAAAUAUUCAAAUGCGAUUUAAGUAUGAAUGGAAAUCAGAAUUGACUUUAUGAUCUUCAAAGACUCGUCGAUUUAAGUAAGAAUGGAAAUCAGAAUUGAGCACAACUUAGAUAGAUAUUUUGUAAUCUUUAAAUUCAAAUAUUUAUCUAUAUUAUGUUAUAAAAUAUUCAAAUAUAUUAGUAAAUUGCUGGGUCAUAUCCGAAGUAGAUAAUUAGAGUAUGAUUGAUUAAGAAAAAUUGGACUUUUUUUUAAAAGGAAAUUAAAUAAAUUUAAAGAGUAAAUGAGGGAAAAAAAAAAAUAAUAAUAAGUUAAGAGAAUUUUAGAAAUUUAAUAUUUUUAGAGGGCAUAAUACAUAAAUUUUUAUAUAUAUAUAAAAUAAUUUUAGAAAUUUAUAUAUAUUAGAUACUGGCCAGGCCACGGGACAUAUGCUGGCUCCGCCACUCUCUGUCUCUCUCCAGUGUGCUUUUGUGUCUGCGAAUCAUGGCGGGAAUGUAGAAGUUUCUUAUUAAAAAAAUAAUACUAAUAAAAUAAAAAAAAUUGAUAAUAUAUAAUAAAAUGAACAAAGUUGGCUUUUGCCGUCUUGGCAGACCCAUAAGUAAGGUGGAUCUCUGUUAAAUAAUACUAAUAAAAUAAAAAAAUUGAUAAUAUAUAAUAAAAUGAACAAAGUUGGCUUUUGCCGUCUUGGCAGACCCAUAAGUAAGGUGGAUCUCUGUUCUCAUCUCAUACACGUGGCCAUCAUCAACAAGUGGUCUUCCUUGACUCGUCUCUUUAUGUGGUUUUGACACCGUACAUUUUAAAUUUAACUUUUGGGUGUUUCAGCCAAAAUCCUGCUUGCCUUGUUGUACUUGGUCAGAACUGAGUAAACGGAAACCAAAACGGCUAAUAAAAAUCCUGUGUGUAUCCGACUCUUUUAUUUUAUCUUUAGAAAAUUCCCAGUCGAAACCGAAGCAGUUUCAUUGGUUUGAGCUCUGACCAUGCGGCGCUAUGUAUCAAGAGUUUUUGGGUGGCAUCUGGGAUUCAGAAGACUUAAUUCAGUAAGUUUCAUAUACACACUCGCAUAUAUUUCUGUGUGUGUGUGGAUAUAUAUAUAUUUUUUAUGCAUAUACAUUUUGUAAUGCUGCAGUAUGGUCUGUUCUAUAUGGUUUCUGGGUUUUUAUUUACAGAAUCUUUAACCCAUUUGUAAUCAAUCAGGCAAUGUUUUUUUAGAUGUACCUGUCCCUAAAUUAAAAACCAGUCUUAUGAUUCUACAGCUUGUUUACGUACUUUAGAUUUUAAAUUUUUAACCCACAAUUUAUCCCUAAUUUAUAAUUUUUAGCCUUUUAACAAAUGAUCCCUUAUUAAAAUUAUAAUGUUACUUUUGUUUAUGUUAGGGUGUUCACAACCCAAUUUGUGUCAACAGUGUUGUAGAUAUAUUCAAUUAAAAGAAAAAAAAAGGGAAAAAACACUAUCAAGAACAAACAGAUUUGACGUGGUUCACUCAAAACUAGGCCCUCUUUCACACACACACACUACUCUACACCUAUAGACUUAGGGCAAUAUAACAAGUGCGGAAUAUACUAAAGUAGUCCCUCUAAAAUACCUUGUCUUCUCAUCGAUCAAAGUUAAUGUAUCUUUGAUCUAUGGAAGAUAUUCCAGGCAUUGAUCGAACCCACACAUUCAAGGGUCGAUUGAUAGUUGUUCAAUUGUAUGUGCUUCGUCCUGGAAUGAAACGCCAUGGAUAGCACUAUGACUUUUACUGUACAUAACACUAUUCUCUCACUCCUUUCCCAAUUCUUCCAAGAAGCUCUGUAAUUAAAUCAUCUUUUCGCCAGCUUGCGACAUAUUCUGCUUUUGUGGUUGAGAGAUCUACAAUCUAUUGCAACUGAGUGACCCAAAUUCAUUGUCGUAUCACCUAAAGGUGGGCAAAUAAUUUGUGAAUCUAAUCCGUGCGGAUCGGAUCAGAUUACUACACUCACGGAUCGGUAACAGAUUCAAAAAAAUCGAAUCCAUAACUCACAUAUUGGGCUAUUAAAAUUCCGAUCCGAUCGUGAGUUCGAUCCGAUCCGUGAUAUAUAUAUAUAUAUAUAUAUAUAUAUUUUCAAAUAAUAUAUUAGCUAAUUUAAUUAGUUAAUGAUAAUUUAAUAUACUCUAAGGAUGUAUUAGUUAGUAAUUAUUUAAAUAUAUAAAUUAAUAUUAAUAAAUUAAAAUUUUAUCUAUUGGGUUAGGAUUAAAAGAUAAAUAAAUAAUACCUUAAAGAUUACAAAAUGCCUAUCAAAGUAGACUAAGUUGUGCUCAAUUCUGAUUUCCAUUCAUACUUAAAUCGACGAGUCUUUGAAGAUCAUAGAGUCAAUUCUGAUUUUCAUUCAUACUUAAUUCACAUUUGAAUAUUUUAUAACAUAAUAUAGAUAAAUAUUUGAAUUAAAGAUUAGAAAAUAUCUAUCUAAGUUGUGCUCAAUUUUGACUUCCAUUUAUACUUAAAUCGACGAAUCUUUGAAGAUCAUAGAGUUAAUUCUGAUUUCUAUUUAUACUUAAUAAAAACAAAAUUGUGGUGUUUAGCUUUAGAUCAACAUGAUGAUGAUUCUCCAAUAUUAUUCUUGUGGUGUUUAGCUUUGAUAUGUAAAUUAUUAAUUUAGAAUAAUUAUUAUUUCUACCGAUAAUGAUUAAAAAAAUUGUACUAGUCAUUGAUUCUGUUAAAAUUGUCUUUGAUAAUUUGUUUAGUAUAUGUAUAUUAGUAUAUAUUAAUCAAUGUUGUACUUUGAAGACACAAAGUGGAUUAGUGAUAGCCUGGUAGGAGUGUUAGGAGUUCUAUUCUUUUAUGUUGAAGUUUUGGGUUCGAGUUAUGCUAACUUGCUAAGUCAUGUUUUUUAAUGUGUCACUUACUAUAUAUAUAUAUAUAUAUAGCGAGCCCGAGCCUUGUUCACGAGCCUCAACGUGCCUUGCCGAGCCCCUGUUUACGAGCCUUGCUGAGCCGAGUCCAACGUUGUUCGGGCUCGGCUCGUUUACUAAACGAGCCUGAAAAUUGGGCUCAGGCUCGACUCAUUUACUAGUGAGCCAAGCCCGAGUCAAGCCUAGAGCGAGCUGAGCCCGAGCUGUUCAUGAACAACUCAAUUCAUUUGUAACCCUACCUCCUGCUCACUUUUUUUUUUUUUUUUUUUUUUUUUUUUAUUGUUUCUUCAUAUAUAUAUAUAUUUAUAUAUAUAUUACUUUUACAAUUUAAGUUGUAAACUUACUAUUGUUAUUUUCUUCUUAGUCAUGCGGUGGCGUUCAUUUCCAACUAGAUGUAUGUUAUGUUCUCUCUCUCAGAAAAAAAAAAAAAAAACAAA